AUGGACAUUUACUGUCCGCCCGGCUCGGCAUUCCAUCCCAUGGACCCCAAAUCAAUGUAUGCGGAGAGUGGCCCGGCUGGUGUGCCGGACGAACCGGUGCAAGCUAGCGAACUCCUCUCCGAUGAGCAAUAUACGGACCUCGAUCAACUGAAAAAUGGAUGUGUAAAGGCGCAGCAAUGGUUCCGGCAGAACUAUUAUCAUGAUUCUGGAUUUCAGUCAAUGGAGAGCAGUAAAGUGAGUUUUUUUAGUAUUUAUGAUGGCUUUUGGAGAUCUCGUAUUUAAAAAACUUUGAAAAACUGAAACGAUUUUUUGCUAAAAAGAAUCCGGAAAAUUUUUAGAGAAUAACAUUACGAAAAAAUUGCGAAAAAUCUGGAUUUUUUAAAGUAAUAAAUUUGAAUUUUAUCCGAAAGAUCAAAAAAGAUUCUAACAGGGGAAGUACUCCAAGUGCGACGCUCAGAUUUUCUUUAAAUUUUGCAGACACGUCGGGUAUGGACUAAAUAUCAAUUCCUGAAAGUUUUAGCUCGCGCUUUGCGGGCGCCGCACGUCAAACUGAGGAGUCCGGUGACCGGAAUAGACUCUUCGCCAUCGGUUUUUUACACUUCGUCUUGAUUUCACAGAGAAGUCAGAGAAAAAGACACGCAAAAGCGUACUCUCUCGCCCCAAAAAUUCCCCAUUUCUUCCCCGACAAAACGUUUUUUCGCGUCUUUUUUUGGCAAAGUGCCAAUUCAUUCACCGGACUGUUUUAGCUUAUCUCAGUUUUGCGGGUGCCGCCGAGAUUUCGAACGAUUUUUGCCGCUGAGAGAGCAUGCUAAACGUGGAGAGCGGUCAGAGAGAAAAACACUUUUUGGCCAUAACUUUGGCAGUUUCGUGCGGAAAAAUUUGAUUUUUUGUAGGAACUUUAUUCUCUACGGUGGAAAUAGGCAUGAAACUUUUCGUACCGAAAUUUCGCAAAAAAUCCUAAAUUUUGGCCGACUUUCGUUGUAAAAAUCGGUUGUUUCUGCAAAGCGCGAUCCAGCAGCCUUGCCUGUGUCUUAAAAAAUGUUUUUCUAAGUCUAUGCCAAGUUUCAUCAGAAUCUGAGCGUCGAACUUGAAGCAAUUCCCCCAAAAACUUCAAGAAUUUCAGACAAAAAACCGCACAAAUUCCAAUCCCAAAAUUAUUACAAACCCAACAAAAAUAAAAAGAGUCUACCGUACCCCCUCUUUUAUUCCAAAAUUCCAUAAAUUUUCUUUGAUUUCAGCCGGCUUCCAUAAUGUCAAUGAAUGCCCCAAAGUGUCCGCAACGUCCGCUCGCCAGCCCCGAAUGUCAGAGCACGAGAGCGGCGUGUGAUUCGACGCAAAUGGAGCCUUCGGUGUCGGCUCCACUGCCCGCUAAUGAUUCGGAAAAUGCGCGGAGAGUUUUGCCGGAACUGAUUCCUUUGCUCGACGAUCCGGAUGAGGUAAGUGGAAUUUUAAAAUUUACAAGGGAAGUGCUCAAGUGUGACGUAUAGAUUUGAACAAACUGGGCGCAAUUCUAGCAUUUUUUUAUUAAAACAUGCGAGAAUCCUAGUGCGUUUUUUGCAGAAACAAUGAAGAUUUUUUAAUCGAAAAUCAUAAAAAAUGUGGGCUAAGGUAGUACAACCCCCAGUCCGGUUCAGCCCCCCCCUUGACCCAGUAUAAACCCCCUCAUUCAAUCUGAAGCGCCUACUCGGGAUUGGGUUCUCUCGGCUACGAUCAGCGUUGCCUGAACCACAAGAACGAAUUUGGGCGGUUACUGGGGUUGGAGCUACAACGCCGGGAGUCAUUUUACUCUAAUUUGCAUUUUUUGUAUUAUUCUAACUUUUUCAUUAUGAGGGUGUGAAAUGGACAAAACAGUGGGGGUUUGAACUACCGCCCCCCUUUCCUGGGGGGCUAAACUACAAAAGCCCCAAAAAAUGUGACGCUAUUUUUGUCGAAUUUUUACAUUCAUAGCUUUUACCCCUAUUACUACCGUAGAAGAUAAAGUUUUCACAAAAAAAAUCAAUUUUUCCGUUUAAAACUGGCAAAGAUACGGCCAAAAAGUGCUCUUCUCUCUGGCCGCUCUCCGCAUUCUACGCCUGUUUGUACUGUAGCUGGUAAUAUUUUCAGUAAAAACCAAUUUUUUCCGCACACACUUGGCAAAGAUGUGCGGAAUUUUUUUUUGCGAAUUUUGACAUGAAAUGUUUCAAUUUCCUUAUUCCUACUGUAUAGGGCAAAAAAAAUUUCCUGGCAAAGCUGGCAAAGGUAUGGCCAAAAAGAAUUUUUCUCUUUCCGCGUUUUGCGUACUCUCUUGGCGUCGAAGAUUGUCGAAUAAUAUCUCGGCUCUCCCUGUAAAGCGCCAGCUAAAAUUUUCAAGAAUUGAUAUGUGGCCUACAUAUGUCCGAAGAGUGUGCCAAUUUUGAAAAAAUUCUGAGAGUCACACUUGGGACUUUCUCCUCCUGAGUACCUUCCAUAAAAACCUUUUUUUUCAUAACAUGCAUCAAUUUGCCGAACAAAAAAAAUGUAAAAUACGCCAAAAGUAUUGAUAUCCUUUAUUUUAGGAAGUGGCUUGCCGCGCCCUGGAAAUGGUCGGCCAUAUCGCUAAAUUGGACUCACAACAACAUUACUCUGAACCGGUGAUCAAUGACAAACGAGUGGUGUUGGCGUUGACAAGUGUGCUGAGGAAGAGGUUUGAGGACAAGGUAAGAUUUGAGGAGUUUUAAAAUACGUCCUGUUUACUUUCUUUACCAUCUUUUCACGGGUUACAUCAAUGUUUCUUUAUAUUACUAUAAUUUUCUAAAAAUGCGUAAACUUUUUGUCAUCAGAAAAGCCACUAUUUGACAGUUUAUUUCACCAAAACAAAGUGGGUUUUAUCAGCUGUCGGGAAAAUAAUGAGGACAAUGUCGCUGCCCCAAUCGAGUUGCUGAAGUGAAAAGCAACUUGAUUUUCCCUCGGCACAGUUCAUUUUCUCGGCGGUGAUGCCAUUUUUUAAUGCGACUGGGGCUCGUUACUUUCCCGAAAGAGCGAUAAAGAAUUGUCGCAGUAAGGUGUAUCGCUUUGUCGCUAAAUGAAUACAGUCUCCUAGGCGUCGCAAAGCGAUCACGGGCGGUUCCGAGACGCCACUGUAUGCUUUGCUUUUAUUUAUUAUGUCAGUCUGUCGGGCAAAUAAUGAGCACACUGUCGCAUCGAACAUCGGAUCGUUGCCUAGAAAAUGAAUUGUGUCACGGUAAAAUAAAAUUGCCUUUCACUUCAAUAAUGCUAUCGACACAGUGACAUUUCGAACGUUAUUUUUCCGACAGACUGAUAAAUACCGCUUCGUUUGGUGAAAUAAACGACAUUGAGCUCAUUAUUUUCCCGAUGCAUUGGUAUCUAUGUCGCUACACAAGCAACAAAAAAGAGAAAGGUUGUCAUUUCUCCGAGCUAUAUACAAUUUUACUCCAGAGGUUUUACAUUCCUUGUUGCAACAUCAAAUUUACUCCUGGUGUUAUAAUUGUGUCUUUUUCUUUCUCAAAGACCCCUUCUACUUAUCUCUUUCCCAUAAAACCACCCUCAAGUAAUAUCCCCUCUCUUUUCAGAAAGCAAUCCGCGUCACAUUAUGCGCCCUCUUCCACAUCUCCAACCGUGAUCAAGGCAUGGAUCUGAUCCUGAGCACCGUCCAAGAGUCCUCUCUGAACAACUUCCUCGCCGACCUGAUCCGCUGCAUUCAUGUGGAGGAGUGGGCCUGCUUCAAGUACGCUCUUUUGAUCCUACACAACUUGAUGACAGACAAGAAUGUGGGCAAGAGAGUGGUCGACUUUGCACGCACUCAGAAAGCCAUGGCGGUGAUCGUUGAUUGGCUGGCCGAUCGGAAUGAGAAAUUGCUCGCGGUAACUGUGGACAUUCUGCAGUUGCUGUGCGAUAAGAAUGCGGAUCAGAAGGUGAGAAAUGGAAGGGUUUAGGUUCAUUCAAAAAAGAUCAGUAAAUCACAACGCAUUUUGUCGAAAUAUAAGCGUCACAUCUGGAUGAAAAUCACAAUAAUCGACGAUUUUAGAAUUUCCAAGCCGAAUCUUUAGUUAUUUGACUACAAAAUAAGCCUUUACUAAGUAAGGCCUCUAUUGGUCUGUCUGGAAAAUAAUGAGUAUUUGUCGCUUCGUCGCUGAAACGAAAAGAAAUUUGAUUGUGCCGCGACACAAUUCAUUUUCUCGUCGGCGAUGCGAUUUUUGAUGCUACAUUGUGUUCAUUAUUUUCCCGACUGACAGAUAGUAUAAUAGUUGUGGCAAACUUGGGUUCAACGGCCUAUCAUCGUUGCGUAGAGUAUGAAGGAUUCAAAAAAUAGAAAAAACCCUCUCGAGCCAACGAACCUUAUCUUUUACGAACACUUUUCAAGAUUCGAAGUCGUCAGUUCGAAGCCAAAAAACCCUUCAUACAUCAUGCUUCUCUGUGACAAAUAUUUUUCCAUGAUAUAUGGAUUUCAAUGUACAGAGCUUUGUCCGUACAUUUGAUCGACUUUCAACGCAAAUAUAUUUCCUUUUCAGGCCCUCUUUGUCAAUUUGAAUGGUCCAGCCCACUUGUGCAGUAUUCUUUCCUGGGCCCGUUAUGAGAACCUCCUCUGGCGCACAGUCCGGUUGAUCAAAUCGAUCUCUGUUCAGGUAGGUCUUGGCUUCAUUAUCAGGCCAACAAUCAAUAUCACAACCCAUAAAAACAGUUGAUUUGAGUUGAUUUACAUAGAGAAUCUAUGGCUUCAAACAGUCCCUCAACAUGUCCCGGUUACUCGCAAAAAAAUCGAAAUUACAGUAACCAUGGAUAUGUUGGAGGAGCGCUUUUGCCAUUGUUUGGAAGUUUAUGAUGAUGUAUCGACAGUUAGAAGUAGUAAAUAGCAGUAGUCGGAAUAUACAAGUAUGAUUGAAAUACUUGGUCAUUUACCCAGCAAUCCCCGGUGAUUUGCCGAAACUCUCAAUCAACCAGCAGAUGGCAAGGUAAAUGACAAAGUAAUCAAGUUCUGACAGUAGAAAACACUUAGUAGUCGUAGUAAAAGCAGUAAUAAUAGUAAAUAGUUGGCCUGGUCAGCCGUUGCCGCAAACAUUCCCCGGUGAUUGACCAAAGAGAUCUCAAUCUACCGUAAGAUGCUUGAGGCAAUGGCUGUUGAGGCCAAAACAGUAUGUAGUAGUAGUAGUAAUAAUGUACAUAGAGAGUGGCAGAAAGAACCAGAGAGUAAAAUCUUCCACUCGCCACAUCAAUUCCCGGUGAUUUGUAAAAUCUUUUCAAUCUACUGGUCAUUGAGAUGGCAAGGGAUAAAUCUUACUGUAGAUGUCAUGAAUGACGUAGAAUGGUCAACAUAAUAGUAGAACAUAGUAGCUAGUACGGCAUGAAUAUAUUUUCCGGCAAUUAGAAGCCUUUCCCAUAUCAAUUCCCGGUGAUUUGCAUAAAUCAUCAAGCAACCAAGUCAUUAAGAUGGAAAUGGAAACCAAAGCGUAUGGAAAGUAUAUGUAGACCACAGGGCAGUAGUAGAUCGUAGAAAUAGUGCUGACUAGGCUCUAGGACAAGUGUUUUGUCCCAUUACCGCUUCAAUCCCCGGUGAUUUGCAUAAAUCACCAAUCAACUGGACAUUGAAGAGGUGAUGGGAGAAAAAAUACUGUAGAUUAAAAGAACAUGUUGUAAUUUUGUAGGAUAAAGCAAAUAAAUGUAGAUGAGUACAUGUAGAAGGCAGUAGAGGAGGGAUUUUCGCCCCUUACCACAUCAAUUCCCGGUGAUUUGCAUAGAUUUUUCAAUCAACCAAGUCAUUGAGGCGGUAAUGAGAGACGAGCCAAAAAUUCUAGUAAGAAUUAAAUAUACACUGGUAAUAUCAAUAGUAAUUGGAUGUAGCCAAGCUGGGAGCAGGGCACUUCCGCUCUUUACCGCAUCAAUUCCCGGUGAUUUGCAUAAAAUUUUCAAUCACCCAAGUCAUUGAUGCAGUAAUGAGCGAAAAUCCUUUGCAAGGAAGUCUUCCGAUGGUAGAAAGGUGAAGUUACAGUAUUAAUAUAAACAGUGAUGGCUGUUGAUAAAGCUGGGAGCACGGUAAUUCCACUCCUUACCACAUCAAUUCCCGGUGAUUUGCAUAAACUGUUCAAUCAACCAAGUCAUUGAUGCAGUAAUGAGUAAAAUACUCUAUAAACAACCAAAUAGACAGUAGUAGAACAGAAAUAUUGUACGAAUGGCAAGCUAGUGGACCCAGUAAAACGUUGAACACCCAGCGAGCACCCAGUCAAUCCCCGGUGAUUAGCAAUGUCAAAUUUACAAUCAACUAGAAAUUGACGGAGGAAUCGCUGAGUAUCGAACAAAAUACUGAGUAAACUGCCGAAAUACGAUAGUAGAAAUAUUACAGAAGGCCUAGAAGAUGUUGACCAUCCCCCCUCGCCCAAUAAAUCCCCGGUGAUACGCUGCGAAUCACUAUCAACAAGGAUUUAUAAGGGGAAAGGGGAUGAACAACAUCUGAAGGCUCUAGAAUAAUGUAAACAGCCCAAAGUAGAACGUAGAGAAGGAGCUAAAGCUGAGUUUGUACUUGAGAUGAGAUGUAGAUGAUCUGAUGAAUGAUCUGUUGUCGAAUCCCCUCGCCUUUUAUACCCCUAUUCUUUGGGGGCGGGGUCGGAUUGGCAGAAAAAUCGAUAGCAGAAGAUUUGACAAAGCCAAAUGUACGAUUGCGUAAAGUAGAGCAGAAUUUACCGCGGGAAAUGUUUGAAUUCAAAAAUUGUUUGUUGCGUCAAGGGAGCACAGAGAAUAGACAACAAGAUUACCGCGAGCACAUGAAGAAUGUUGAUAUUGAGCAUGGUAAUGCAAGAGAUCACAGAUAUAUCAGAUUUGAAUUUUUGAAUUUUUACUUGGCUUUGGUUGGAAUUAUAAGAGUUUGAGGUUCUGAUGACAUGGUAAAGAGCAUGUUGCAUAAGUAAAAGAUGAAGUGUUAUCUCAUGACAUUGAAAACAACGAAAGCCUAAAGACGUUAGUGAGACAUUUGCUAAACUUGCAAUGAAGGUAGCUAUGCCAGUAUGACGCUCAGAUAUUUUUUCGAUUUUGCACAUAUUACGGGCUUUUCAAUUCCAAAAGUUUUUAGCUUUCUACAACCUUUGCGGCCUAGAGAGUACAAGAAACACGAAGAGCCGUCGAUUAUCAUAGAUAAAAACACUUUUUGGCCAUAUCUUUGCCAGUUUCGCGUGGAAAAAUUUGAUUUACUCUCUACGAUAGAAAUAGCCAUGAAACUUUUCAAUAUUUUUGUCAGUUUCACUAUGAAAAAAAUUGCUUUCAUUGGACUCAUUUCUCUCAAUGGUAAAAGAAAAGCCUUUGAAAACACUUACAACCAUAUACCGCAUUUUUUCCAACUUUCAACCUAAAAAUCUUGGUCGUUUCUGCGCAAAAUCCGGAGAACGGCUUCAGGGAAAAACACUGUUUGGCCAUAUCUUUGUCAACUUCAAGCUGAAAACAUUUAUCUUUGUGUGGAAACAUUACUGUCUAUGGUAGAAGUAGUUAUGAAACUUUUCGUGACACGGAUCUACCUUUUUUCCAUAAUUUUGAAUUGGCGCUAAAUAAAUACUGUAAUUUCAUCCAAAUAUCGUAUGCGAUACAUUAAACGAAAGCCUGAGAUAACAGCUACAAAAUGGGAGUAACGUUGCGAAAUUUGGCUAGUGCUUACGUUUUUUAUAGACCUUUGAUUUUGCCCCUCUCGAAGAGGUACACUAUUUAUGGGACAAUCUAAUAAAAAUCUCGGUCGUUUUUGCAAAGCAAGCUAAAAAUUUUUUGGCGAAAAAAACUGUAUCACUUUCUAUGCACUUCAGAGCCCCCAACGAGUAGUGGAAUCCGGUGCUUUCGACGUUCUCCCAAUCAGCCUUGACUACCCCAGCCAACGCGUCGUAACGGAGUCUUUGAUUUGCACUCGAGAUUUGAGCGACGUCCCAACGGAUCGACACGAUAUCACCCCUCUCUUGGCCAAGCUGGUGCAAUUAUUGGCGUUGCGAGACACACGGAUACGACAACUUUGUGUGCAAGCGCUAGCCAAUUUAUCCGCCAAUAAUCGACAGAACAAAGAGUUCUUGUGCAGUAUCAAUGUGGUUGGAGCGCUGAAAUGCGUGUUGUUUGAGACGGAAGAGCAGUUGGAGAAUGUGGAAGAGCCUUCGAGGUCGGCGACGGAUGUUUUGGAGGAUAUUCAGGUAUAUAUAGAGUUUUUUUUUUCAGAAUGUCGUAUUUUAAAAAUUUUGAAGUCCAAAAAUUUACAUUUUUUUUAAAACUUUUGGAUUUUUUAUAUUUUUUUAUUUUUUUUUUAAAUUUUUGGUUCGUCGGGAAAAUAAUGAUCAUAAUGUCUCUGCGCCGUCGCUAAAUUGAAAAGCGAUUUCAUUUUGUCGCGACACAAUUCAUUUUCUCGGCAGUAAUGCGAUUUUCGAUGCGACAGAGUGCUCAUUAUUUUCCCGACAGACCGAUAAAAUUUUAUGAUUUUUAUUUUUUUUUUUGAUAUUUUGCAGAUUUUUACUUUUGAAAAAAUAAUUAUUUUUAUCUAUUUUUUAUUUGAGAGCCCAAAACUUGUAAAGAUUUUUUUUAAUUUUUGGUUUUUUCUUAUGAAUUUUUAUUAUUUUUUUUUUUUUUUUUGAAUUUUCCGGAGCUCUAAAAUUAAUUGUUCCUAUUUUUUUACGACAUUUUAAUCUUUUAUUUUCAUUUUUUUCGAAUUUUUGCAACUUCUUUAUUUAUCAAAAAAGCAAAAAAUAAAAAAAUUUUAUUUUUUUCAAUUCAAAUUUCCAUUUCUUUCCAGGAAAACGCCCUCACCGCCCUGCGAAAUCUCUACAGUGGGCAUCGUUUCGACACGGCCGUUCAGCAACACAUCCUGUCCGAGAAUGGCGCCGAGUUUUUCCUCCGAAAAUUGGUCGCAAUGAGGCCUGCAUUAUUACGGAAAACUCUUUUGGUAAGCCGAAAAAUUGUAAAAAAAGCUCCAAAUUGCGUAUUUUACAAAACAAAAAAUAUAUUUUUUUCAGAUUCUCGCCAAGACUGCCGCACAAGAAGUGAAUUUGCCAGUUUUCCGGCAUGCCCGGAUUACCAUGCCGGGCCAUGUGGAUCUCGGUGGAUUUGCCGAUCGAAUUGUUUAUAUUCUCCAUGUUGCGGCUAGUAAAAGCUUGGAUGUAAGUUAAAAUUACCCCAAGACUGAAAAAAGCGUAUUUUACAACCUUCCAGCAAGAAUGUCCAAAUAGGAGAUGGAAUAAAAGUUUGAUAUGACAAUGUUUUCAUGAUACCUUUUGAUCGCAAAUUUAGGUAUCCUUGAUUGAUUUUGCUAUUCUUUGUCUUCAAAGACAGGAAGAAAAAAGCUACUUGAUACCUCUUGAUACCAAAUUUAAGUAUCCAGGAGCAGCUUUACCGUUUUUUCAAAACCCAUUUUUCUAUGUCUGAAAUUGAAAACAUUGCCUCAUGUUUCGGCAACGAAGUUUCGACUAAACUAUUUAAAACCAUUUGGAUACUUUUUGAUACCAAAUUAAUGUAUCCAGGAUAACUUUUUCCACAUUUUCAAAAAUUACUUUUUCACCUGUAGAAAAAUAAAAAAUAUCUUGCGAUUAGAAGAGUGCAGGGGUUUAACUGUAUCUUAAAAAAAAGCUGUUUGACACCUUUUGAUACCAAAUUUAAGUAUCCGUGAUCACUUUUUCCACUUUCUCCAAACUCAUUUUUUCUCCGCCAAGAUAUUGGAGACAAACCAUUUUUGUAAUUUUUGUUUCUAAUCGCCUCAUUUUCAGUCCCAAUCCGUCGAAAAUAUCAACCUCACCGAGCUCAUGCAUCUUUGCAUGACAACCCUGGAGCGUCUCUGCGCUGAUUCCUCGAUGCAUCGGCAAACUCUCCAUGCUUUCAAAGCGUUGUCCUCGGAAUUCCCGAAACUCCCAACAAUCCCACCAUUCCUCGCAUUCCACAGCGAAAACUCGAAUCUUCAACAAUCAGCGAUUCUGCUGUUGAAUCGAUUAGUUGCUGACAGGGAUAUUGCGAAUGCGGUUUCGAAUGACAGCCAGGUCUUGGAAGGGCUGGAAAGCUGGGCUGCCGCCAAGUGCGCGGCCAGUGAAGCGGCUUUCAGGGUGUUGAAGAAUGUGAAGGUAUGGUUUGUAUGUGGAUGACGUUGGUGUUGACAGGGGUAGUACUAAAAAUGGGACGCCGAGAAAUCUGUGAAAUGCUAUACAAAUUUAUGACAAUUGCCUUCUAGGACAUGAACUAUACUUUUUAGUUUAAAAUUUGCAGAAACUAACACUAAUUUUUGAUUUGAAGCUUGGUAGAAAUUCAAUAUUUUUUGUGAUUCUUCGUAUCAGUCUGUCGGGAAGAUAAUGAACAUAUUCUUGCUGUGCCAAUCUUCUCUCGGAAGUAAAAAGCAAUUUGAUUUUGUCGCGACACAAUUUUUUCUGCACUCAUUAUUUUCCCGACAGAAUAAUAUUAGGGAAUUCAGCUCUACUGCUUCCAGAUUUUUUUCGAAAUUGGCCUAGUAAUAACAAAUACAGGGUGCGGCAAAAAAUGGAAACUUAUUUUUAUAGCUAUAUUUUUCCUAGCAAUCAAAAUUCCGCAAAAGUAAAAGUCAUCAUCAAUAACAUAGAGCAUUAUUUAUAACAUAUUCAAUCCGUUUCACCGUGGCUGCUUUUGGUGGCGAUAUAGAGCUCCAAACGUGACUUAAAAUUUUGGGCUUUUGGCCGCAGCUUUUUUUGAGGAAAUCGGUCCCGUUCUUGGAGCAGCAUUUACUUUGCGACUCCAAACUUUUUUGGCGUGUAGUACAGAUGCUGGCCUCCAAUUGAAAAAAAAAAUUAUAGCCCAUUGGAUCCAUACCCGGCGAGCAGGCGCACUUUUCGCAGAUAGGGUGAAAUCGGGAAAAUCGGUUCGGUUACUGGUCAGAUCAAAAAAAAAAAAAAUAAAGAAAAAUCCCCUGACCCUCUCCUCCUCAAUUUUACUAACGGCAUACCGUUUCAGAAGUCCCGGUACGACCCCAUCUAUGACAGUCAAGCGGCUUUUGUUCAACUGAAUAUUCGCAAUGGAAGAAGUCGAUCGAAUUCCCCUUGCUAUCCAAUGAAUCCAAUUUUCAACGACUCGGGAUUUGGCUCCGAAAAGAAUUCAAGUUUUAUCAGGUCGCCAAACUAUUCGGAGCACAGUGGAGAAUACUACAUGAUGGAUUCGAGGGUCAGUACAGGUGGUUACAAGAUGAGUCCGGGUACGCCGGAAAGCAGUGGACGAUUUGUGAAUAUGGUAAGAUAUAAAGUGAAAUAUAUAUAAAGAAUUUUUGUUUUAGUAGUUUUCGAAAAUUUUGUGGUAAUUUUUAUCGCCUUUUGACGACUUUUGGCACUUGCAACAGAAUGCCAAAGAUUCGAAUUUGAAUAAAACGCGGUAUUUUUGAGCUUUUUGAAGCGAUCGGGGUUGAAAACUCGAUUUUCGACGGAUUUUUUUGUUUUUUCAAAUUUGAUGGUUUUCGUGGUGGGACCAAAAAACUUUUUUUGAAAUUUGAUUUUUGAUUGGAAUGAGCAAAAAUUGGCAAUCUAGAGUGUUUACCUGGAAAAAGUAAAAGGCUGAAAUACUAUUUAUCGUUGGAAAUUUGCAUUUUACCUUGAAGGUUGCAAUCGCUUCAAAGCCAAAAAGUAUUGGCUCCCGAAACGAAAACAUCAAACAGAAAUUUCUUUGCAAAAUUCCACCUGAUGUUGAGAAACGCGUAUUUUACAAUUUUUAUUAUUAUUUUUUCAUUCUUCAGCUCAGAAAUUACCCAAAAUUCAUUUAGAACCCCCCGUAUCCCAUGCCAGAAAUGGACGACUACCCCUUGGCCAGCGUGUUUUGUCCCAAUUCAGACGGACAAUCGGAUGAAAUGGCCAAUGUCACCUUCUCGCAUGAGCAGCAGAGUCAGAAAAAUUCGCCGGUUCUCAUGGAUUACAAUGAGUGA